AUGGUUUGUAUAUAAUUUAAUAUCAUUAAAAUCACGCCAAUAAGAAUAUUAUAAUAAGGUAAAGUAAUUUUGUCAAAUAAAUUAAUGAUACCAAGCAAUUAAGAGAUCUCAAAAUAUGAACUAUACAAUCCAAAAUUAAAGAAAUUUUCAGCAUAUAUAAAUGAGUUUUCAAUUUAAUUAAAAAAUAGAUUUAAUGAAUAAUUGCUUAAUUUUACUAAUUCAACUUGUUAAAUUAUGGAAUCUAUAAUCGAUAUUAAAAAAUAAGUUAGAUUAAGCUCAAGCAAUGCUUCAUUAAUAUAUUUUAAUUAAACAACAAAUAAUUUCAACUUAGGAAAUUUAAUUUUUACUUUUGAUCCAUAUAAUCAAACUGACAAAUAGUAUGAAAUUGAAAUUUACUGCAAAACCUAAAGUUUAAUUAAGGAAUUAUCGUAUAAGAUAAAAGUAUAAAGCCUAAUUUGUUAAUUAGGAGAAUUUAAUGUUUUAAAUGGUUGUUUGACUUGUUAAUCUACAUAAGGGUUUUAUUCUGUUACAUACAAUGCUACAAAGUGUUCAAUAUUUGAUAAAACAAAAUUUGAAGCCAUUACUUCUAACAAUAUUAAAUUGAAACCUGGAUAUUGGAGACCUCAUCAGGAAUCUGAUUUAGUGAAUGAUUGCUUCAAAAAUAUUGAAUCAUGCAAAGGUGGUUGGGCUGUUGGUGAUGAUAUUUGUUAAAUUGGGCAUGUUGGAGGAUUGUGUGAAGAGUGUGAUAAGCAGAAUACUAGAGGAGAUGGAUAUUAUUUUAAAAAUGAUCAAUUUACUUGUUUAAAUUGUAGCAAUUUUUCUAUUAACAUAUUAUCUUUGGUUCUCAUAACAAUUUGGUAAUAAAUUAAUUCUACAAUAGGGUCUUUCUAUCAGCUUUUAUAACAUUAACUAGUGUAUAGAAAACUAAUUAACUCUUUGCUUCAUUAAAACUCACUUAAAAUUUUGCUCAUAUCCUAUUUAAGAUGAAUAUAAGUAUUUGUUUAAAAAAUAUUAUUUUUAGAUUAAGAGAGUAUUUUAUUAAAGUUAUUGCUUAAUUACAUUUGGAUAUUUUCUGUAAUUUUUACUUUUAACAUUCAAUUCUCUUUUUCAUUUAUUUUUGUUAAUUAGAUGAGUGAUACAUCAUAUUUCCUUACUCGUAAUUUAGAUUGUGAAAUUUCAUAAUCAUUUGAAAUAGAAUUAAUAUAUAUUAGAGUAUUAGGAAUGUUUACUCUAAUCAGUUUAUAAAUCUUUGUUAUUUAAUUAACAGUUAACAUUUUUAUUAUGCUUACAAAAGGAAAAUUCAGUAGUAACAUAUCUUCAAUUACAAUAAUUUAUUUAUAUGUAUAAAACUAUGCUGCAUUAAUCAAUUAGUAUGAUUUUAUAAUGAUUUAAGGCUUUUUUCAAUUUUGGCCAAAAGGGAAAUCUCUAAUAUUGAUUACGUUUAAGGAGAUGUAUCUCUCCUAUUUGACUCAUUUAAUCAUUAGGCAUGGAUUUAUAAGUUUGCUUUACCACUUUGAUUACUGAUAAGGUUAAUUUUCCCCAUAUCAUUACUUUUAUUUUUGAAUAGAUCAUAAAAUAAACUUGAUUCAUGCAAGAAAAGAAAUUUUUUUGAUAAAAUAUAAUUCAGAAGACAUAUUGGCUAUUUAUUUAAUGAAUAUAACGCCAACAGCUCUUUUUUUGGGAAUGGGUUAAAUUAUGGAAGAAAACCAUUAUUAUAGUUAUUUUGA